AUGAAUGCCUGUCUCGCAUGCCGUAAGGUCAAGAUGAAGUGUCGGCCGGGCCUGGCCGGAGUUGAUUCGAGAUGCGAGCGCUGUGCCAAAAAGUCGAUUGACUGCGUGUUCCAAGAGCAUCGGCGCGGACGCAAGCAAGGCACAAGGAUAACUCGAGCACGGCACGUAUCUCCCACGAUGGCACACGGAUCGAAAACGAUCGAGGGGACCUCGCAACAUGCAUCUCAAUAUGGCCCUCUGACCGGCUCCUCCUAUCAUACAUCUCUUACGCCGGUUAGUCAAAUCCAUGAAGAUGUCUCCUCUGCGGAGCCGAGCGACUUGCAACCGUCGGGGCUGUUGAAUCUCGAAGCCGGCAAGUUUUCACUUCAGUAUAUUCUUGGUAGUGGUAAUAGAGACAAUGUGAAUUCUCCGCCCGGCCCAUGCUCCUUGUCUCAAGAUGACCCCAUCCACCUUGGUCUGAUUAAUCUACAAUUAGCUGGAUGUCUCUUCCAGAGUUUUAUGGAUGCGUUGAACCCAUACAUAUGCCAACUUGAUCCGGAUUUGCAUACUCUGAGCUAUGUCCGAGAGAAGUCGCCGUUUCUAUUUACGGCCAUUCUCGCAAUGGCGGCCAAGGCCUUCGACACGACCAUGUACCGUCCGCUAUACGACUACGCCAAUCAGCUAAUGAGCGUCAGCUUUUGCCAGGGCAUCAAGUCCACGGAAUGCGCACAGGCCAUAAUGAUUCUGACAUACUGGAAAGAACCACAUGAUACGCGGGCAUGGACGUUGUUGGGCUACGUGAUCCGCAUGUGCAUGGACCUGGGCUGGCACAAGCUGAAACUCCCGUCGAUGCAAUAUCAACAAGCUAUUAGCGACGCACAGAGAAGAGAGGCUCGGAAUAUUGAGCGGACCUGGUAUGUCCUGUUCGUGUAUGAUAGAAGUAUAAGCCUUCAGACAGGGAGGCCUUUCAUGAUCGAGCAGAAUGAGUUUAUCGACUCAAUCGAAGGAUGGUGCAAAGACCCAAUGUCUCUCGCAAAUGACUAUUUCCUGGGGGCUCUCGUAAAAUUACGGUUGGAAACCUCGGCAGCAUUUAGCCUGCUCGGGUUCCGGCAGCGCAGGAGUUUUACGGCAAGCCUUCACGAGAUGGAGUCCUUGCUAGCCUUGAUUCACGGGCGCAUCCAGGACUGGGAAAACCGUUGGAUCGACCUGACAAAGGCGGUGCAGCCAGCCGAUGACAUCAGCUGCCACCACUUUCUUAUCCUUUUCUAUGGCACACAUCUCCGGUUGCAGCUAUUCUUAUUACCACUUCAACAUGCCCUCGCAUCAGACGAUGCAGAAUCGAAUUCAGGCCUGGAAAUGCUGUGGAUUGCGUACUCGAGUGCCAUCGACCUGCUCCAAGUGGUGUCUCAGCGUUCUUCCCAGCUAUAUAUUGCUCAAGACUCUGUUCACAUCAUGAUUGCCUAUGCUGCCGCAUUUCUCGUCAAGCUGCUUCUAUUGGCGCCAAAAACGAUGGUUGCCAAAAUAGAGCCCAGCAUUGUUGAUGCCAUGCGUAACGCAGCACUUGCGCUUUCUCAACAAUCUCCUCCAAGUGGAUCGAGCUGUGCGCUUCCAGCCGCCUUCCUUGAUAAGAUCACAUCGAACCUGACCGCGAAAUGGAACAGUGAUACUCGCCCUAUAAGUUCUAGAUUGACCCCUUUGCGCGUAGAAGCAGAUGAUGUCACCAGUAAGGAUUCAGGUUUGUUCAGUAUUGAAGGCGCAGAGAACAUCUUUCAAGCUACCAAUCUGGACCUCCAGCUCGUCGACGAUGAGGGAUGGGCGACCAUCUUUGCCCAAGCUGGGUUUGAUUUGGGGGAUGAUGUUUUUCUGAAUUGA